UUUUCAAUAAAAAUUCUCUACCAUUUUCUCCAACCACCUCGAACGUGAAGCAUCCAUUUGUCCGCUGUUAAGAAUUUUCCAUUUAUUGUAGUUUAUAUACCAACUUUAGAAUAUGGCUGAUGAAGAUUUAUCGUUGAACGAUGACCCCCUAUUGGAUACUCUUGACGACGGAAACGACGUUAGUUUGUCGGAGGAUGGGAAUAUGCAAAUAGAUCCGGAACUGGAGGCAAUAAAGGCACGCGUGAAGGAAAUGGAAGAGGAGGCGGAGAAGCUGAAGCAGCUGCAGUCAGAAGUGAAUAAGCAGAUGACAAUGGGAUCACCCACGGGUCUUGCACCGAUCCCCCUGUCACUGGAUGAGAAGAUUGAAAUUGACAAUCGUUCGGUGUACGUGGGGAAUGUGGACUAUGGGGCCACGGCUGAGGAGCUGGAAGCUCACUUCCAUGGCUGCGGCACAAUAAAUCGCGUCACAAUACUCUGCAAUAGAGCCGAUGGGCACCCAAAGGGAUUUGCGUACAUUGAAUUUGGGUCAAAGGAGUACGUUGAGACGGCACUCGCCAUGAAUGAGACCCUCUUCCGGGGGAGGCAGAUCAAAGUGAUGUCAAAGAGGACGAAUCGCCCGGGACUCUCAACCACCAAUCGCUUUCCACGUGGCACCUUCCGCGGCAGAGGCGCCUCCAGAGCCGGCCGAUCCUGCUGCCAUACGAGCUUCCGGGGUACAAGGCGUCCAAUAAGAGGUUAUCGCGGACGGGCAAACUACUAUGCGCCAUAUUGACGGAGGGCCACCUUGUUCAGCUAUUACGAUUAUAUUUUACUGUAAAAAAAAAGCAUUUUCAAUAUAUAAAAAAACUAUCCAUUAUUUCUCCCUCCGAAAAAAGAGAAACAAAAAAAAUCAACAUAAAAGAUGGGAAAAAAAACAUUGAAAAAAUCAAGAUAAAAAAAACAACACGACGAUGCAAAAAAAAAGAAAAGAAAAAAAAGGAGAUCAAAAGGAAAAAAAAAGAAAAGAAAAUGAAAAUGCUUGAGAAAAAAAGAGGAUAAAAGAACAAAAAAAGACAAGGAAAAAAAGAAGAAAAAAUAGCACGAUGGAGAAAUAAUGAGAAAAAUAAUCUUUAAAAGUUUCACACAAAAAUAAUUCACUUGGAAAAAAAUACAUUAAAAAAAAGGAAAAAAAUCAUUGGAGAAAACGGAAAAAAAGGAAGGUGAAAAUAUUCAAUAAAAAUAAUAAAAAAAAACUAUUUGCUUAAAUGAAAUAAA